ACCUAGACUGGCUACGAUAACAGUAGAAAGCAGGAUAUGAAGUGCAGAUAUUGAACUUAACGGUAUCGAGUAAACAUGCUACCGGCUUUACAACCGAAGUUAGCAUGGUGUCUAUAUCUGCGCGGCACUUUCCGAUCACACCCCAAUCUGGAGCGACCAAGAUCGCAAGCAGCGGCAUAUUCUAUCUAACUACACCGUAAUUCGCCCUUUCCUUCCAACCGCCCGCCUGGUCGUGGCGGCAUGUCGGUCUCACAGUCUCUUCAUAUGGCGCGGGGCACCCCGCUCUCACCCUCUGUCUCUACAAAAGACUGGACGUUACAUGGCUUGCUGAGGGAGGGCAAAAGAUUCCAAGAAGUACCUCGAAUUUCUGCAUCGUCGCCACACUUGAUAGAACGAAUUAAAGCCUUUGAAAUGGAUGGAAUUCCACUUGUGAUUGAAGAUUGGCAUAAGGAGACAAACUGGCCUACUGCCAUGUUUAGCGUCGAUUGGCUCAUGGCUCAUUUUGGAGACGACUCCAUUACUGCCAGAAAUGUUCUAGACCGAAGUGACAAGAAGCUGUCUUUACAGCGCUUCAUAGACCAAUCUCGUGCACAAUCCAGAACAGGUGAACGCGGUGAUGAACUACUGUACGGAAAGGAUGCGCCUUGUCCUCGGCAAUGGUCUCAUUGGGUCAGUCAUGGUGAUGUCCUGCCUGCUAGCAUACGACCGGGUGCCUCGAAUGACCUCUUUCAGCACUUAGGCGACACCGAGGCAGUCGAGUCAUUGAUGUGUUAUCUUGGUAUUCGGGAUACCUUCACCCCCGCCCACAAAGACCUCUGUGCAUCUUCAGGACAAAACAUCAUGUGUUACACCGAGGACGACGGUUCCUCCUUUUGGUUCAUGACGGAGUCUAAAGAUGCCCCCGAUGUCGAAAGCUUUUUUUCAACUCAUAUUAGAAAAGAACUCGACUGGGAAGAUCAUGUUACAACUGUGCAAGAGUUUGCUCAAGCACCUUUCACCGUCUAUAUAACCGAACAGAAGCUCGGAGAUUUGGUGUUAGUGCCUCCUCGAAGCUGCCAUCAAGUCGUGAAUCAUGGCGGGUUAACUAUCAAAACCUCAUGGUCGCGAAUGACGGUUGAUGGACUCUCGGUCGCCUUGUAUCACGAAUUGCCUAUGUAUCGACGGGUCUGUCGACCUGAACAAUACCGAAUCAAGCAUAUCUUGUACCGCUCCCUCAUUCAUUACACAGCCGAGAUCAAAACCAUUCGUUUUCGAAAUGCUCCUGGUCCUGCCGCCGACACCCUCCGUAAUCUGACCAAUGAUCUUCAGGCACUACUGUCUUUAUUUGACUUUGUCUUACAUGAAGAGUAUACAGACGACCAUAAAUUGUUGUAUCACGUUAGCGAGAAGACGCACCACACGAUCGCUAGGACUUCUCCCCGAACUUCUAUUCAAUUGCAACCAAAUGCGACACUCGUGCUUCGACCGCCUAACGGACACUCCAGCUUACAGAACGAAGACCCGUUAGAUCCAGCUUGCAACCUCAUGUGCGACUUCUGCGGAGCAGACAUAUUCCAGAGCUUCUUCGAAUGCAGAGAUUGCGGGCCUGAGUUUGUCGAACGCUGGGGAACGGGAAACGGGCUAUUGAUUUGUCCGUUUUGUUAUGUUGAAGGCCGCACAUGUGCGUGCGGUUCUAUGGAGCCUUCUCAGUGCCGACCUUUUGAGCAGCUUAUCAGAGCACGGAAUGACGCUCAAGUGGUCCUCAAGAAAAGCCCUUACUGCGAUGUUGACAUUCAGCCGGUUGAUGAAAAGCAGCUUUUAAGUUUACAGGGCAUCUCGACCUUCCAUGCAGGAUGCCUUCUUCAACGAAGGCGAGUAAGAGCCGACAACAUGCGUGUAGCCAAUCGCAGGUGCAGUGUCAAAAGGAUUUCGCAUGAUGUUCCAUAUCAUCAAAUCGUAUCAUGUAACCCCUGCCACCGAUCUACAUGCUUCAAGCAUCUUCUGAAGUACGGGAUGCACUCAUCCGAGAUAUUACCGGUAAUGCACGAAGGGCAGGAAAGCUGGCACCAGUAUCAUCAGACAAAGAAAAUAGAUGCUUUCAGAGCUGGCAAAGGGGUUGUCAGAGUCACCGAGAGGAGUGGGAGUGCGCCUAAUUAUGCAUACAAACUCGCGGCGCUUGCUCAGACCUAUGCCAGAUGCAGGCCAAUUAACUCUGCGGUUUCCAAAGGCUUCUAUGACAUCCUACCAGAGGAGGUAGUUGACAUUAAUGCUGAUGAACAGCAUCCUGUACAUUCUGAUUUCGACGCACUGCUUGAUAUCGAUGUAACUGCCAUGUCCACUACACGAGGCACCGCAUUGCAGGCUUCUUGGGCGCCUGGUAAAGGUACAAACGCUCAGCUCAAUGCAUAUAUACAGACAACCUCGACCCUGAGAUUGGCAGGAAUGUCCUCAUCUGAUCCUAGCAUGUCCUCGAGUGUCUCCAAAGCCUCUGUUGAACACGCCAUAUUCGACGGCGUUUGCGUCAGGACGGCAUCUCACAAUCGCAAACGUCCUUCUACCCACCACCAGUCUUCCUCGAACAAGAGGACCAAGCUCGGACAGGAUCACAUCGAAGUUCAUUCCCCAUCCAAUAUGACAUUGAUCGACGUAUUGAAUAAAGAUAUGCGAGAUACCCAGAACGCCUCUCUCCCUUCGAAUAUAGGUACUCAGAAACGUCGAGGCGUGAUACCUUCAACCUCUGAUAGUGAUAGUGAUGACGAUGAACCCCUUGCCGCUCCUCCCUCUACGGUCCCUGCGACCACCCAUAAGCAGAAGUCUGUUUCACGGCAGGCGAGAUCGAACUGGGAAUCUUCGAAACUCAGUGCGACUCAAGAGUCACACAAGAAAGUUUCCAGUCGACCGGAUCCGGCAGUCUUCAGUACAGCUGCCACCUUGGCCGCUUCGAUCUUCGAUGAUGCCGCCGAGCAGUCUGUACCCCUGCAUUCCAAGAUCCGGAAACGACAUGGACCGCCAGGAGUGCGUCCCACAGAUAUCCAAUCUAGUAUGAACCUCGUAGAGACAGACGCUUAUGCUUUUGAUGUUAUCGGUACAUCGAAGGGUAAGCUUCGCGCUGCAGCGAUAGAACACCCAGAGCCGCUCAAUCAAGAUAGUGACGAGCUCCACGCACGUCAGUAUGUGACUACGGAGAUGUUAGAGAAGAUGCAGAAUGAGCUUGCCGCCCUUCGAGGAGAGGUCCACGAUUUGCGUAGACGAGAGAGGAAUUUCGAGAUUGAGCGAAAUCAGCACAAAGCUGACCAAGUAUCGUGGACUAAAGAUAGGGAAACGCUCAAGAACCAACUGGACGCGUUGAAAGCAAAGCACUCUACAGAAUUGGAAAGCGUUAGAGCUGAUAUUCGCAGCCUACGCGUAGAAGUCAAGCAAGGCAAGCUUACGGACAAAGAUAACGCAGCCUUCAUGCACGUCCAAGACAUUCACUCAGAACAAGCUCGGUUGCACCAGGAGCUGGAGACGCAGAAGUCUCAAGUCACCCAGCUAUGGGGACUGCAGGAUCAAGUGUAUCGACUGCAGCCCGCAGUCUUCGAACAGUUUGAACAUCGUUUCAAGCAGUCCUUAGACCAAGUCAUGGAAGAGACAGUUUGCGAGCUGGUUCGCAUGAUGGACGACUUCAAAGAAGUCAUCCCAGCGAACCUUAUUUUACAGCAGCCAUCUGCCGCGAAACGGAUUGGCGUUGUCCUGCGCAAGGUCUUCGAGAAAUGCCUCGCUAAGAGCGAUCCAGAAGCAAACGGCGUUCAGGUUGCUCCUGGCAGGCACACUGGCCCUCGUGACCAUGAAGAACGCACACAGAACAUUGUUGUUAAAGAUAAUAUACCCCCGGCCUUCCACAAACGCCAACAUAGUUAUCAGCAUCCAAAGCCCGUACCUGAUGGUUUUGAACAGAACAAUAAUUUCGCUGUCAAUGGCCAACCUCGCCAUCGUCAGCACCAGAACUUUUCUGGCGGUACAUAUCAAACGAGAUAUCCCAGACAACAACAACAAGGAAAUGGUUACGGCAAUAUACAACGGCAAUUCAAUCUUCGUCAACAUGGGUAUGAUCAGCCCGAGCGUGUAAAUCAGCACCCUCCGAACGUGAAUUCGUUAAAGCAUCGUAUAGGAGGCACCCGUUGGGACAAACAGCAUGUCCCUCGAGAUCACGCCCAGAUGAAGCAAGAUGGUCAUAUGCAACUAGAGCAUCUUCAGCCACAACGUGCGCCAAAGAACACUGUUCAUAGCGAUGCGGAGUCGCCUGAUGCUCGCGCGAUAGCGCGAUCUCCUUCGAGGGGUGAACAAGACUGGGAGUUGGGCUAUGACCAGGAUGCCAAUGAACCAGGUAACGCAUUCAUUGCGCGUUGGAUGAGAGCGCAGAGUCUCAUCAAUCAGUCUCUAGAAGCCCAACUGCAACGGGCGGGGAAGGAACGUCGUGAUCUUUUGGCCGAGGGGCAAAGAGAUUGCGGCAGCGGCAGCUCCAGCUCCUGUGAAGGGUCGAACCAAUCUGAUCCAGGUCUUUCACCGGCUUCUUGACUUGAACUCUUUGAACAUUAUUGAAUGGUAUUUGUUUAUGCUAUGCACACAUCCUAUUCGCUUUCGUGUCUUCUUGUUAUUCGUUUUCAUAUUCUUUACGGUAUCACGGUUGAUCAUGUCGAUGUAAUCUUAGGUCACGCACAAUAUUGAGUAAAUCCAUAUGUACAUCUGGGCUAAAAUGCAGCGUAAGUUAUGUAAGUUGUCAAUCCGAACCCAACGUAUAAAUUGAACGUAAGAGA